AUGGUUAAAUCAGCUUUCAAUUUGAUGAACGAGGUGGAUGUUGCGGAGACCGAGGCUAGAAUCACGGCAUAUGAGAUGGAAAACAAAGACAGUAUAGCAGCAAAUGAGGCUAGAAUGGCUAAUGAGCAGCGAUACAUGAGCUAUCAAGACCAACUUGAAAAGCAACAACGAGAACAGAAACGCGAAGAGUAUUUGAUGCUGCUUGAAGAAGAACGUCGGCAGAAAGAACACGAAAAAGCAGAGAUCAUUAGAGAACUGGCAACAUCAAACAAAUCAGCACAGGCCGUUCUCGCCACACGUCAUUCUAUCACACUCAAGAGGUCAUCCGCUCUGCGACAACAGUCUGAAAGUAGCAGCCCGGCCAGACUGGCCAUGCCCUCCUGGAUCACAACUGCGAUGGAGACCGAUACCGAGAUGCGGGAUUCUGAGGCAAAGGACUUUGAUCCGUUUGAAUAUCAGUACGAAUUUGCAACCGGAUUCGAAGUUCGUGACAGUUACGAUGACCCAUCAACCGAAUAUCUUCACAGUAACAAACGAGCACGUGCUGGUGGAUAUGUUGCAAAAUACGCUUUUGACCGAGCGCUGAGCGAUGCAUUCACAGGAAUCGCUUGCAUGCCGUUGGAAGGCAAUUGA